AUGUACAGAGGACGGUUUAACGGAAAAGCCGCGUCUGGGACGACGGCUGCAGGACAUGCAGAGGAUUCUCAACCUAACGAAAGUAUCAACAAGCGGAAGCAGGUAGCGCCUCCAAGGAUUGCGACGGUGGCGCCACCUCGCAAGAGUAACGUUGGGUGGAGGGGCAGUUAUCGGGGGAGGGGUGGAUGGCCUCAGACAGCGAUCAGGGGCGACAAGGGAUGGCGGGGAGGCCGAGGGAGUUCAAGCGUACGUGGAGGGCAAAGGUCGUCUGGAAUUUACACAUCGGACAGUGGGCAGGGUGGAAGCGGACGAACAAACUUCAGGACUUAUACAACGGCGGCAAGCACGCCGCCAACGACGGUACUCAAGUGCCCAGAGUACCUCAAGGGCAAGGGGAAAUUGGACGACCACAUUUUACGACCUUCACAACGACGGCUAGCCCGCCACCCGAGAUAUCACCCACCACUGCCGCGGAAAACAGCGUCAUCUACCCAAAACCUGACGCAACCAUACAAACCCCAAUUUGCGAGGCAUUCGUCUCCACCGCCGUUGAACGAGAUUUCGUUCAAUCGCGAACUACAGCAGUCAUUAUCGCCACGUCUAAUAACUCCCGAUCUUCCGCCGCUUAAAAGGCGGAAGUUGGAUACCGAGCACGAAAUUCUUGUCAAGGAGGGAGCAGAGGAGGUACCGCCUCCAAAACCGAAACCCCCACUCCCCAAACGUUCAACGAGAUCAGGCUCUGCCGCGUUCUCAUCAUCACCCGCUUUCUCUACGCAACCUCCUCCAAAAUCACGUCCCUUCGAAAAGGAAUUAUCACCGCAAGUAAAGGCUGAGCCCAGUUCGCUCUCGCUCUCACCCCCACCUCCACCGCCAUCUCGCCGCCUCAUAACCGAAUCAUGCACCCUCUUCCCUAUUCCCGACAAUUGCCGUAAAUCCUAUCCGACUUAUUACCAGAAUCGCAAGAACUUGUUCCGCGAGAAGGUCAGUUGGCUCGCUGGAUUCGGGUUGAAAAAGACGAGGGUGUUUUUCAGGGACGAUGGGAUGGUUGUGGAGUGGACGAGUUCCACCCCUGUGUGGUCUGACACACUUAUGCCUGAAGCACCCAGCUUGGCGAUGGUGAUACGAAGCGUGCAUGAAGCGAACUCGCUUAGCCCCGAAAGGCUUUUGCAAGGGAAACAUGCGUCAGAGGCGGAGGCUGCGCGUGCUUCUCAGGAAUCACGCAAGCCUGCCUCGUCAAAGGAUCAUCCCAAACCUAAACCAUCUCAGCGCAAAUUUAACCCUGUUCCUAUUCCUCGGCGUAAGCCAGCCACGAAGGGUUCUCAAGUCGUUGAGCAGGGCGUUGGUGUUACACCGGAGAGGAAGAACAUAGACCUUGCUUCUGAUGACUAUUCAAGGAGAGUGCGCAAGGAGGAGGAUCAUGCGACUGAGGUCGUAGAAGGCUUGAUUCCAUUCCGCAGCAUGAGUCUCGAGGAGAUACGUGGCCAUCCUGUGGUCAAAAAGGAAGAGAGCCCUGGUUUCGUACCUGGUUCUGAUGUACCUCGUUUCGCCAGCGAAGACCUCGUCACUCAGACCCUGUUGCAUCCGGAGAAACACACUUCGCACCAACCGACUCCAAUCCCCGACAAAGACCUCGGAUGGAAGGAAGUUUCGACGGUCUGGGCAGAGCUAGACACCGUCGCUCUAGCAUUCAUCGAUCGGUACAUCCGGACAUUCGACUCUGAUCGAUCAAAGCUAGAAAAGGCGUACACCAAAAACGCCAUUUUCUCCGCACGCAUCCAUACCCCUUCACCUCCAAAGACAUACACCCCCUUUUUCUCAGACUCGCGUUUACUCGCUUCCAUAACCACGCGUAAGCAGAUCGGGCGGGCGCAGAUUAUCGAGUACCUAAACGCAUUGGGACCGCACCAGUUUUGCCCGCAUGGGACGAUGCGGAACGUUGCAUAUACGCUGAUGCUGCAUGAGGGGCUCGUGUUGAUGACUGUCCAUGGGGAGGUGGUGAAUCCUGGUGGUGGUGGUUCUGACUCUGAGGGGGGUGCGGAGUUGGAUCAUGUUGUGUCUCUUGACCAGAGUUUCGUGCUUAGGAGGCCCGAGUCGGAUGGGAAAGAGGAAGAGGGGGAUGGGGACAGUGGGGAAGCGGCGUGGCCUCUUGAGGCGCUUUCGCAUCAGAUGACUGUGCGGGAGGAGCCGUUGUUGUGUUUGGAGGGGGUUGAGGAGGCGUUGCCGUGGGUUGCGGGCAUCGUUGGAGGUGGAGGUGAUGGGGUUGUUGUUGAUGAUGAGCAUGAGGAUCUGUAA